AUGGGUAAAGCUAAGAAGACUAGAAAGUUUGCUUUAGUCAAACGUACAUUGAAUGCAAAAAAGGAUCAAAGAAUAAAAGCUAAUGAACCUAAAAAGACUGAUAAAGAUGAUCCAGAACUAACAAGAAAUGUUCCUCAAGUAUCAAGUGCAUUGUUUUUCCAGUAUAAUGAAGCUAUCAAGCCUCCAUAUCAAGUGCUUAUAGAUACCAAUUUUAUCAAUUUUUCUAUCCAAAAAAAAAUCGAUAUUAUAAAAGGUAUGAUGGACUGUCUUUUGGCUAAAUGUAACCCACUAAUAACGGACUGUGUAAUGGCAGAAUUGGAAAAGCUGGGUCCUAAAUAUCGUAUAGCCUUAAGAUUAGCAAGAGAUCCAAGAAUCAAGAGAUUGAGUUGCUCUCAUAAAGGUACCUAUGCCGAUGACUGUAUUGUAAACAGAGUAUUACAACACAAAUGUUAUAUAGUGGCAACUAAUGAUGUGGGGCUUAAACAAAGAAUCAGAAAAGUUCCAGGUAUCCCAUUAAUGAGUGUCGGUGGACACUCUUAUGUCAUUGAAAAAUUACCAGAUGUAUUUUAA